CCUCCUGGCGGCGCCACACCGACCUGUUCAGUUGCGUGUGGCCGCUGUUGGGCUCCACACUGGAGGCGGUGUUCGGUGCUCACAGCGACACUCGGAGCCUCUCAGCUCCGCGACACCCGCCGGCAGCUGCGGCUCUCUCUCCCCGGACACACGCAGAGAAUUAGCUGCAGAGGUGAAUGGUGAGAACAGAGCUGGAAUGCAACAGGAUUAUCAUCUGACCUUAAACUCAAGAGGAGGAAAAAAAAAAAAAAAGAGAGGCCAACCCCCGGACCCCUCGAUCGCUGUACUUAUUUUCUCCUGAUCUCUGCCGCACUACGAUGCCUGUGAGGUUAUAAUGUCUGCGCUGAAGCACGUUAUCCUGCAAGACAAGGACCAGGACGUGGAGAAGAGGCUGGACUGGAGUUACAUCGAGUGGGACGAGAAUGAAGACGUCAGCGCAGGUGUGGCGAACGCAGAGACACAAACGGACCGAGGACCCUUUGAGGAUAAGGAGUGUCAGACCAGCAACCCGGUCAUCAUGCACAUAGACCUCACACGGACAAACUCCAAGCUGAGACACUCGUCCCUGGUGGACGGUGACGGCUUGGUGGCACCUUUCUUCCAGUUUGACCGGCAGGCUCCCGGGCGCAUCUCCACAUCUCCCACCUUGAGGAGGAUGAGGAGCACCCGGCGUCCCCUGACGGACUCCUGGGAUCCUCUCAGGAUGGGGAGCACCCAGGAGGAGCCUUCCACUGAGAGCACGCCGUCCCCCGUCAGCCCCCACAGGGUCAAGUCUCCUCUCGCGGCGAGCCCCCUCUCUGACGGGGAGACGGGUCACGACCACCAGUCCGUCUCAUCGUCCGACCGACAGAGAACCAGAUCGCACAGAUCCAAGACUUUCGACAACGGCCUCGCGUCCAAGAGACAAGAGUGCCACAGCGCUCACCCGGCUCACAGGAACAGCAAUUUUGGAUUUCCUGAUAGUGAAGCACAGGAGAAGGAGCAUUUACAUAAUAGGCUUCAGGAGAGGAGGCGGAGCUCCGUGGUGGUCAGCCUGCCGGGAUUGGAUGUUUCACCUGGAGACCUUUUUGUGUCCAAUGGAGUGGCGGACAGACUGAACGGUUCAAACUUCUCUGACACGAAGAAGUCGAAGUGGCCCUUUUCAAGGCGUAGCACGACUAAGGCGAAGUUGCAGACGGGCACAGCGUCCGACGUUGAAAAAUAUCUCUCCACGGCGCAGAUUCAGAACUGGAGGAACUCCGACCUUCAGCGGUAUAAGGACUUCUGUCUGGCGGAGUUCCUGCGCGACCAGUCGUCCCAGGUGAGCCCCACCUCUGACCCUCAGCUUUUCAAGAGACAGGAGGCCAUCUGGGAACUCUUCACCAGCGAGUGUGUUUACUUCCUGGAUCAGCUCAUGGUUCUCAAAGAGGUGUUUUCGGCGACACUCACGAACCUGCAGGCGACCAACUGCCUGAAUGACAUCGACUCCUGGAGGCUGUUCGCAAACCUCAACGAGCUUUGCCUGGUGAGCUUUGGUUUCCUGAACAACCUCCUCCGUGUCAUCAGGGACACGUUGGAGAUCACUGAGGGUGGCGGGCCCACCCUGCCGGUGCUGCUGAGCAAGGCUUUCCAGGAGAGCAUAUGUCACUGCCUGCAGAAGUACUGCCUCAACUACACCACCGCUCUGCUUUAUCUGGACAGCCUGAAGCCCCGAGAGGACUUUGGAUCUUAUGUGAAGUGGUGCGAGAGGAACGAACAGUGCCGGAGGCUGCAGCUGCGCGACCUGUUGGUGGCGCCAUUGCAGAGGCUAACUCGAUACCCGCUGCUGCUGCGGAAUAUCGCGAAGAGAUGCCAGACGGAGGACGAGAGCGGAGGCCUGCAGGCUAUAGCUGAGCAAGUGGACACGUCUAUAUGUGACUUGGAGGGAAAGGUGAAGUGGCUGGAUAACUACCAGAAGGUGAAACAGCUGAGAGACGCCCUGGUGUGGCUGCCCGUGUGGGAGAGAGACAAGCGCGCCUUCGUCCCUGAGAGCCUGAAGCAUCUCUUGAAGGCCGUCACUCUGGAGAAUCUCAUCUCCCACAGGAGUCUGCUGCAUGAAGGGAAGCUGGUGCUCACAGAAAACACGAAGCUCAUAGACGUCUAUCUGUUCCUGUUCGACGAAUUCCUGCUGAUCACGAAGAUCAAGAGAAACAAGAAGCGGUCCAUGGGUCCAGAUCAGAAUCCUCUGAGGCUGCCGCAGAACCUGGAGCUGGAUCAGCUGCUGAAGGAGGGGUGCACGUUCACGGUUCUGGACCAGCCCGUCUCUCUGGACCGACUCCAGCUGAGGAACAUUGAUCAGCUCAACGCCUCAACGUCGGGACUGCCUCAUUCUUUCAUAAUCAUGCACCAGAACCGCUACCAGCAAUGCAUCGGAGCGUUCAUCCUGCAAGCUGCGUCAGAGUCCGCCAAGAGAGUGUGGAUUUCAAAGAUAGAGGGCGCUGUGACGGCGCUGCUGAAGCUGGACUCUGAGCAGCCGCGAGUCAAGAGCUCCUCACUGUGGCUGGAGUCCUCGCAGAUAUGACCCGUCCGUCAGCCACCUGGAGAGUCUCUCUCCUGUCAAACGUGCACUUCGUCGUCUCCUGACAUCCUGUAAAUGACUGUUUCGUUUUGUUUUUAGCACUAGGAUCAUUUUGUAAACUAAAAAUGUUUGUGCCUGUCCGAGGCAGCUGCUGCAGUAGUGUACAAUAAAUAUCUGAAUGUGUAGUAAAA